AUGGCCGUCUCACAGGCCAGCAGCACCGCAAGAAGGCUCCCGAUGGCGUGUGCUGCUGCUGCUGCUGCUGCUGUUGCUGCACCUGCUGCGAACCAACACGCCCCACGCCCACGCUUGGUGCUGAUGGCGCCAGCCCGCCCAUGGCAAAUGCUGCAAAGCUCGUCUCCCAUCUGCCACCGGCCCAUGCAGCCAGCACAUCCUCAUCCAUCUCCAAAGCCUUCUUCCAGAUUGCACGUGCAGCCACCCUCUGGUCGAGACCAUGUCGUGACCGCAUCCUUCCUCGCUCGACAUCCACCACGCUGA